AUGGGGAAGGGCCGCGAGUGGAGCGAUGAAGACACCGUUCCGCUCUGCUUGUCGUGGCUAGAGACGUCUGAAGAUCCGAUAACAGGUACUGGUCAGAAGAAAGAUACUGUCUACAGCCGAGUGUACCAGCAUUGGCUGGAGCACAAGAAUCCCGACACGGAUAGCAGCAACCAGCGCAAGUCGGACGAAGUGAACACGCUGGGCAAGAUGUGCUGGCUACCGGUGGCGCAGGACUAA